GCGCUUCCUGCAUUCUUCCCGCCCGUAGUUGAAGUUUCACUUCUUUUUUAAAUAUUAACAUUACCGGCCAGCCUGUUCUAUAUUCAUAUUGACGAUUAUAAAAGCGACGUGAACCGAGAUGAGGAUAAUCAGUAGCCAUCGAGACAUCCCCAAGAUGAGAGUUCUGUUUCUGUCAGCACUAUUUGCCUGCGCGGCGGCAGCACCUUCCUACAUCGCGCCAUUCCCGUAUGCGAUACCAGCAGUAUUUCCUGCGGGCUUUGCUGUAGCGCCUACAGUGCCUUCAGGCGAUGUUCAGGCAGCAGUUGUUGACACUCAGGUUAAAAUUGAAGAUCAAGCACGCGCCUUCAAUGACCAGGCAAGAGAAUUAGCCGAACAAGCAGUUGAGAACCAAAACGAGGGUGUCGAAGUAGCAAAUGACUUAUCAAAAGAAAAGGCCGAAGAAGCAUUCUGGAGCGCAGAAGAGCAAAAAUAUCGUGCAUUGAACGAAGCUCAGAUCGCCGAAGCUGUUCGUGAUGGAGCGAUGGCAAGCAACGCUGAUAGCUUUGCCAAGUCCUCUUUAGGCUAUGUAGCUGGUGUGGUUCCUGGAGUUGUGCCUGUCGCCUCAGUGCCUAUAACACCAGUUGUCGCUGGAGCCCCAGAGUCUAAAGCUGAAGAGGCAAAACCCGAGGUUAAGAAGACUGCCGAAGAAGAGAAACCAGCUAAACUAGAAGAGAAGAAAGAAGAAUCUGCUGAUACAGUAGAAACUGUUGCCGAAACCAAAACUGCAGCCGAAAUUAAAACCGAAGCGGAAGCUCCCAAGACUGAGAAUGCUGAAAUGAACAAAGUCCAAACGGUGGUUCACCCUGUUCCCUUAGGCCUGGCUCCUUACAGCUAUCAAGCUAUUGUGCCUCCCAUGGGUGCAGUGAGAGCGCAGGUGGGACUUAGAGGGUACCCAAUCAUUCCUUCUUUCCAGCCUAUUCAAGCUCCUUUCUAUACUCCAACACUUUUUAACAAUAUCUACUAAAUCUACUUUUUAACAAUUAUAAAACGUUAUUAGAUUUU